AUGUAUCAAAAUCAAGGAGGUUAUCCCCAAGGUGGAUAUCCACCACCAGGCGGGUAUCCACCACCAGGUGGUUAUCCUCAAGGUGGAUAUCCACCCCCUGGCGGUUAUCCACCACAGCCAGGUUAUCCAGCUCAGCCACAACCCGUUUACGGUGCAGGAUAUGGCGAUCCAGGAUACGGCUCUCCUCAAGGCUUGGGAGAAGAUGGCGAAGUCAAAGGGUUCGAUUUCACUGAGCAAUCCAUUCGAAGAGGAUUCAUCCGUAAGGUGUACUCCAUCUUGAUGUGUCAGCUCCUCGUGACAAUGUCCUUUAUCGCCCUCUUCUUGUUCCACGAACCCACCAAGAUGUGGGCUCAAAGAAACUUUUGGCUAUUCUGGGUCGCGCUCGUUACGGUGUUCGUUUGCCUGAUAGUAAUGUCUUGCUGCCACAACGUGAGGCGGCAGGCGCCUAUGAACUUUAUAUUCCUCGGGAUAUUCACCGUCGCCGAGAGCUUCCUUCUCGGUUUAACUUCUAGCGUUUACAAAGUUGAUGCUGUGAUGAUGGCGGUGGGUAUAACAGCGGCAGUGUGCCUGGCGCUGACACUGUUCGCCUUCCAGACCAAGUGGGACUUCACCGUGUUGGGCGGGGCGCUGCUCUGUGCUGUCGUCGUGCUGUUGAUAUUUGGCAUCGUCGCAAUAUUCAUCCCCCACAAUAAGAUCGUGACCCUGGUGUACGCGUCUCUCGGCGCUUUGAUCUUCUCCAUAUACCUCGUGUACGACACGCAGCUCAUGAUGGGUGGCAAGCACAAAUUCAGCAUCUCCCCAGAGGAGUACAUCUUCGCUGCUCUGAACCUGUACCUCGACAUCAUCAACAUCUUCCUGUACAUUUUAACCAUCAUCGGUGCGGCCAGGGAGUAG